AUGACAUUGGAAUCAUUAAAAGAUGAUAUUCGAAUGAGAUCUAAAAUUGAAGAAUUCCUUAACAGAUGUCAAUCAUUUUUGAUCGAGCUGAGUAACCAAUUUCUGCAAAGACUGCCUUUACAAGAUAAUUUUUUGCAGGAUUUGUCGUUCAUCCAUGCCCCAAAAGCAGUGUAUGGUGAAUUUCGAACUCUGAUAAGAAUACUCCAAAGCAUGUCUAAAAGAGGGCAAUAUUACACGUGGAGUGAAACAAGCAUGAAACUAGCAUUACAGGCAUUACGUAAUAGGGAAGUUGGCUUAAAUGAAGCAAGCAGAAUUUACGGUGUACCAAAAGCUACAUUAAAGAGACGACUUGAUGGCUCAAAUCAAACAGCCAAAGAAGAAAAACAAACGCCAGGUUCUGCAGGUGAUCUCACACCUGAAUUGGAAGAAAAGUUGUACCAACAUAUUCUAGAAAUGGAAGCCUGUUUGUACGGUCUAACACCAAAAGAUGUGAGAUCACUUGCUUUUAAAAUAGCUGAGAAAAACAAUAUUAAACACAGAUUUAAUAAAACGAAAAAAAUGGCCGGGAAGAAGUGGUACUAUGCAUUUUUAAAGCGUCAUCGCAGUCUAAGUUUAAGACAACCCAGAGCUACAUCUUUAAAUAGAGCUACAGCAUUUAACAAACCAACUGUCAAAGACUUUUUUGAAAAGUUAGAAAAAGUGAUGGAUGAGCACGGUAUACAUGACCCACGAUACAUUUAUAAUGUAGAUGAGACAGGCCUCUCAACAGUGCAACGAAAACCAAGAAAGAUAUUGGCCAAAAAAGGAAAGCAUCAAGUUGGUGCUAUUACAAGUGGUGAGCGUGGAUUCACUACUACUGCUGUGUGUUGUGCAAGUGCAGCUGGCCAUUUUGUACCACCUCUUGUAAUUUUUAAACGAAAAAACGCUAAAGACGAACUUCGCGACGGUGCUCCACCUGGUUCAAUCUUUGCUUUUAACCCCGACAGUGGCUACAUUAAUAGUGAAAUAUUUUUUGUUUGGUUGCAACACUUUGUAGAAUGUGUAAAGCCGACCACGGAGCAGAAAGUUUUGCUGUUACUUGAUGGACACACUAGUCACACAAAAAAUUUGGAUGCUAUCAAAUAUGCCAAGGAAAACAAUGUUGUGUUACUGUCACUUCCUGCUCACACUUCCAAUAAACUGCAGCCCCUAGAUACUUCGUUUUUUAGACCGUUGAGUUGCUAUUAUAUAGAUGAAACAGAGAAGUGGCUGCGUACAAAUCCAGGAAGACGUGUUACAGUAUAUCAAAUUUCAAUGCUUUUCGGUAAAGCCUACGCCCGUGCUGCAUCUAUUGCAACCGCUGAAAGUGGAUUUCGAAGUACGGGCAUAUAUCCUUUUAAUAAGGAUAUUUUCCAGGAUUAUGAGUUCGUUACUUUACCUGAAGAUAACGACAACUUACCGGCUAUUGAGAAUGAGAACAUGAUUGUGGAUCCUUUGUUUUCAGAGCUUAAUGAUGUAGAUGACAAUGGAAUACCAAAAGAUGUUACCUCGGAUGAUUCACCAUUUUCGUGCACCAGUGUUGAAUCUACUGAUGUAAAUACGAUGCAAACAAUACCGUCUGCUUCCAAAACCCCCGUUAUACCAAGCCCUGAUUUAUCGGAUAAUUGCAACAAUAUAAAUAUUCAACCUGAAACACCAAUCAUAGCAACAAAAGAAGUAAAACAAUGGCAGCCACUUCCAAGCACUAGCUCAGAAUUUCAAAUUUGUAGUGUAACUCCGACUGCAAAGAAAGUCAUGCAAGAAUUGAGAAAAGGAAGUCGUAAACCACAAUCGGCAAUAGAGUUAACUGCUUCCCCAUAUAAAACACAAUUGGAAGAGUCAAAAGCUAAAGCAUCCAAAACAAAAUCUGAUGCUGAAAAGAGAAAGAAAGUUGCUGCAUUAAACUUGGAGAAAACAGUAAAAUCUAAUAGACGUCCAGAAAAACAAAUAAAGAAAGACGCGAAGAGAAAGAAAGUGCCAGCUGCGGAGUUAGAAAAAUGGUUCUGCAAAAUUUGUCUCCAUUGUGCUAUUGAAGACAUGAUACAAUGUUUGUCAUGUAAAUGUUGGGUCCACGAGGAGUGUGCUUGCGUUAAAAAAGGUAUCAAAAAAUAUAUUUGUCCAUCAUGUACUGAUUAA